UAUUUACCUCUCUAGUUCCGUCUGGUGGUGAAAACCACUCUGAAGCUGCUGUUGGUGUUCGUCGAAUACUCCGAGUCCAACGCCCCACUGCUGAUAGACGCCAUCACCUCUGUGGAAACCAAGAGAGGGUGCAAGCCGUGGUCCAAUACGAUGGAGAUUCUGCAUGAGAAGGACGGAGUGGACACAGAGCUGCUGGUCUACGCCAUGACCCUCAUCAAUAAGACACUUGCAGCGCUGCCCGAUCAGGACUCGUUUUACGACAUGGUCGAUGGUCUGGAGGAACAAGGCAUGGAGACAGUGACCCAAAGACAUCUGGGGAGGAAAGGCACAGAUCUGGACCUGGUUGAGCAGCUCAACAUCUAUGAGAUGUCCCUACAGCACGAAGAUGGUGACGACGACAGCCAGCCUCCCCCGAUUGGACGCCGGGACCGCCGGCGAGUCAGCGUCGGGGGCGGCGACAAAAGGUGCGGCCUCGAGAGGAGGCGGAGCCGCAGGGCCUCUCUCGGGCGGUCGGGUCAGGCCUCGCCCUGCAGCCCGGCGUCCCCGCAGAGGGCCGGCCUCCCGCCGUUCAACGGACAGAGAGCCGAGGACACGAGCGAGAGAGAGGAAGAAUGUGAUGAUGGGAUAGAGGAGGAGGAGGAGGAAGAGGAGACUCCUGAGACUGAGUCUGAUUCGGAUGAGCAGGAGGGGGCUGAUACAGUGUCUAAACUGACCACCCUCAGGCACCUUCCAACCAUAGUUCACCGGACGACCGUCCAGUCCAUCACCAUCACUUCCAGAAAGGAGGAUAUAAAAGAGGAGGAGCAAAGGAAUCGGACUGAACCACCUCCAGCACCCGCCGUCUCUCCGUCUACUCCCACCUUCUCUUCUCCUCUCAGCCCCCCAGCACAACCCUCCUUCCUGGCAAGCCUGCUGGCCAGGAAGCGGUCCACCGUCACCGUCCCGGCUACCAAGGAGGUCAGCCCGCCAUCACGGGGCAGCUGCCGUCCCACCCUCGAACGGCUGCCUUACAUGCCUCAGUCGCCCUUCCACCUCUUCUCCUACGACCUCGACGAAGAGCCGUCGCCCCCGGCUGCGCCAAAGCCCAGCCAAGAGUCUCCCAAAGCACCUUCUCCCAGGAAUGGAGGUCACAUGUCCUGCUCCUCCCUCAGCUCCCCAAGUACGCCCACCAGCUCCAGGCCGGCUCUGGGAGGUCUUCUCUCCUCCUCGUACCGACAACACCAGGAGUCUCUGGCGGCCGAGCGAGAGCGCCGCCGAGUGGAGAGAGAGGAGAGACUGCAGCGCAUAGAGAGAGAGGAGAGGAACAAGCACAGCCGCGGCUACGUGGAUAAGAUGGAGGAGGCUCGGCAUGCGCGGGAGGAGAGGUACAAGAACGUAGAGCGUCUGGCGGCGGAGGAGUACGAGCGGGAGCACGUGCGGGUGUCGAGGACUCGCCCUGACCUCGCCCUGACCUUUGAACCCGCGGAGGCCUGGCCCUCGUCAUCGCGCAGCAGCACCCCGUCCUCCUUUGCCUCCCAGGAGGACGCGGAGGCUGACCUCGAAGCCGAAACCGCCGCCGCUGCCCCCUACGCGCCCUCCGAGAGAGCGGAGGCUGAGGAGUCCAGUGCAGAAGCAGAGGAAAAAGAAGCCACCGAGGAAGAGGAGGAAGAACAGAAAGAGGAGGAAGCACAGGACGAGGCAGCCACAGAGAAGGAGGAGGAAGGUGAACAGUCCGAGCGGGAAGCGGAGAAGGAGGAGGCGGAGGAGGACAGCGGCAUCCUGAGCGACAAAGAGCGGCAGAAUGAGGAAGUGAAUGAGAAGGACAACUGCUCGGCCUCCAGCAUCUCCUCGGCCAGCAGCACUCUGGAGAGAGAGGAGAGGGGGAGCAAUGACAACGGCUUCAAGGAGCCGGAGGUGAACGACCAGUGCAGCAAACUCCUCAACAGCAAGCUCUUCAUGCUGGACAUGCUGUUCUCCCAGAACAAGAAGCCCAGCGAGGAGGAGGAGGAGGAAGCAGAGGACGCGGAGAAGGAGAAGGAGGAAGGAGAGGGCGAGGAGGACAAAGAAGCCCAGCGGGCCGCCGGUGUGCAACCGGCCGGCGACCAAGAGAGCAGGGACGACAAGCCGGAGCCCCACCGGACCAUCCGGCCGUUCGCCGAGCGCUUCGGCGCGCUGAUCAAGGACCUCGGCUCGGCCCCGCCUCACCCGGAGGUGGCGGCCCCCGAGGCCCCUCCUCCUCCUCCUCCUCCUCCCCGUCCGCCCCCGCCCAAGAAGGAAUCGGACACCAUCUGGGACCAGCUCCUGGCCAGCCCUCGAGAGCUGCGCAUCGGGGACAUCAACUUCACCGACCUGACGGAGGACGACGACAAAGACAUUCUGGAUGCUGUUCUGAUGGGAGGAUGCGGCGACCACCCGCCCCCGCCGCCCCCUCCGCCGUGCCUCCCCCGCCUCCCUCCGCCCCCGCCCGUGCUCGGCGGCUGCCCCCCGCCCCCGCCCCCGAUUGGGAUGAUGCUGCCUCCUCAGGCUCCUUCCUUUGGCGCCCAAAUGCCUCCUCCCCCGGAGCAGCCGCUCUUUAAUAAGAAGAAGAAGACAAUCAGGCUGUUCUGGAGCGAGGUGCGUCCGCAAGAUUCUCAGUACCGGGACUACAAACGGAGGGGAGACACAUUCUGGUCCAAACUGGAACCAGUGAAAAUCGACACGGCCAAACUGGAACACCUGUUUGAGUCUAAAUCAAAGGAAAUACCAGUUACAAAGAAAACGGCAGCAGACGGCAAGCGCCAGGAGGUCAUCGUUUUGGACUCCAAGAGGAGCAACGCCAUCAACAUCGGGCUGACGGUGCUGCCUCCUCCUCGCACGAUCAAGACGGCCAUCCUCAACUUUGACGAGUACGCCCUCAACAAGGAGGGCAUAGAGAAAAUCCUGACGAUGAUCCCCACGGAGGAGGAGAAGCAGAAAAUCCAGGAAGCCCAGCUGGCCAACCCUGAGGUCCCGCUGGGCUCGGCGGAGCAGUUCCUGCUGACUCUGUCCUCCAUCAGCGAGCUCUCUGCUCGGCUGCAACUCUGGGCCUUCAAGAUGGACUACGAGGCAACGCAGAAGGAAGUUGCAGAGCCGCUGCAGGAUCUGAAAGAGGGGAUGGAACAGCUGGAGAAGAACAAGACCCUCCGCUACAUCCUCUCCACGCUGCUCUCCAUGGGGAACUUUCUCAAUGGCACAAACGCUAAGGGCUUCGAGAUGACAUAUUUGGAGAAGGUCGCAGAGGUGAAGGACACGGUUCACAAGCAGUCGCUGCUGCAUCACGCCUGCUCUGUGGUGGUGGAGAACUUCCCUCAGAGCACCGACCUCUACUCCGAGAUCGGAGCCAUCACGCGAUCCGCAAAAGUGGAUUUCGACCAGCUGCAGGAGAACCUGUGUCAAAUGGAGCGCCGCUGCAAGGCAUCCUGGGACCACCUGAAGGUGAUCGCCAAGCACGAGAUGAAGCCCCAGCUGAAGCAGAAGAUGUCCGACUUCCUCAAGGACUGCGCUGAGAGGAUUAUCAUCCUGAAGAUUGUCCACCGCAGGAUCAUCAACAGGUUCCAUUCGUUCCUGUUGUUCCUCGGUCACCCGGCCUACAGCGUGAGAGACGUCAGCGUCCACCGGUUCAGUAAAAUCCUCAGUGAGUUUGCGCUGGAGUACCGCACCACCCGCGACCGCGUGCUUCAGCUGAAACAGAAACGGGCCGACCACCGCGAACGCAACAAGACCCGGGGGAAGAUGAUCAUGGACGUCAACGCCCCUUCUGAUGAUGAAGAGGAGAGUGAGUGCGGCCGGAACGUCUCCAGCGGAUGCGCCGGCGGCCCGAGCGGCAGCCAGGAGGCGGAGCCUCUUCGAGGCCUGGGCCACACCGAGGACGUCGCCGAGCACGAGCACAUGAAAGCCGUGCUGAGGACGAGCCUCGGCGGCGGCGGCGCCGGCGACAAGGAGGCCAGCGUGGUGCUGCCGGGGCUUCGGACGCGGACGAGGUCCCGGCCCGGACGGGGAGGUCGCAGCAUGCCGGCACGGACUCCGCCUGUGGAGGACGCUCAGGUCUGCGGAGACGACUCUGCGGACGAGAUCAUGGAGCGGAUAGUGCGGUCGGCCACUCAGGGUCCAGGAACCAGAGCCCAGCCCAGAGAGAGGAGGAGGUCCAGGGCCAACCGCAAGUCACUGAGGCGGACCCUGAAGAGCGGCCUGACCCCAGAGGAAGCUCUCGCUUUAGGACUUUCCGAUUCCCCGGAACCACAAAUGUAAUCCCGUCCCGGUUGAGGUGGAAACGCAGCUCUGCGACACCUCCGUCCGCCUACGACGGGCUUCAGAGUCGGAUUUCACCAGUCGCAAAACCUUUAAGUUUUUACCAGCUGCUGAUUUUGCCUAACGGGAUGAAGCUGCAGCGGUGAAGAAGGAGAAACUGGUGUAUUCAUCUUGGCAAAGAAAGGAAUGGAUGCUUUUUAAAUCCAAACAUAAAGAUGAAAUGUUACAUUUGUCCAAAGGGAUCAUUUUGGCUUUUGAGUUUCUGCAGCUGUGACUUUUUACGUUUUUUCUCUCCCCUUUUAUUUAAAGCUGUGAAUUUUGGUUGUAAAGAUUAACGGGCUGAAGAAAAGUUUGAUUUCUUCUCUUAUCCAGUAGAGCACAAGGGAUGUCUACGAAACAAAGAGGCUAACUGAGGAUUGUCAUUUUUAUAAAGGCAAAAUACGUGUACCUGUACGUUCGACAAGGGACAAGUCUACACGCGACAUGUGGCAGGAACGUGAAAGGUUGUCAACGUGAUCAGAUGUGCCUUUCUUCUUCUCCACCUUGUUUCAGUCGCCUCCCACUCAUCACAUGACUCACCAAUGUCACAUUCACAGGUGUCGUUAUAUCGAGUAAGACUUUUUUUUUAUUUUGGCAAAAUAUUUAUUUUCAAAGCUCGGACAUUAAGAAGUUUAAGAUGCUGAAACUGAUUCACAAACACACAGACGCAAGGACGUAUUUAUCUCCGAGGAAAUGUUUGUAAAGUGUAAAAAGAUUAAAUGAAAAAAAUAAAAGGACAUUUUUUAAAAUUGUAAUAAUCUAUUUUGAAGGCCCUUAUCAGCUGCCAGGUACUAAGUUCUCUUGUACUACAGUGUGCGUGUUUAGUGCGUUUCAUGUGAUGUAUUAUUUUUGUAAUUUCUGUAGAAACCUGUAUUAUAGUCGGAGAGAAAGGGUAAAAAGAGGCUAAUCUGUGAAUUGCAAUAAAUAAGAAAUGUUCACAGCAGAAAUAUGUUGCUUAGAGAGAAGAAGCGGUAUUCGGUCAUUUACUUUGAACUCCGUGGUCACGGUGUACUUUGUAUGAACUUGAAACGUGUGUGGAUGAUGUACGUCUCAGCUGAUACAUUUGCUCUUCUCACAGUAAGACAAAGACAGGGAAAUAUUGCUGCGUAGAUGUAACGUCGUGAGCUGCACACGAAAGGACGCUUGCAAUCACUUUCACUUGAAAUGCUGUGUAUUUGCACUGCAAGAAAUAAAAUUAAAAAAAAACAUUGAGUGGGAAAAAAA